AUGCCUAAGCCGCGUUUGGAGCUGCCGCAGGGGAGGGACCCGCCGUGCCUGCAGGAGCCGGGGACGAAGCCGCCCUGGGCGGCGUUGCCAUGGAGAACGCGGAGCAGCAGCAUCCCGCAUCCACGCCCGCGCGUGGGCGCCCCCUGCCCGGCGUCCACAGGGCGGGCACCGCCCGGGCACGGCGGGGCCCCGGGCCGGCCCCCCUCGUCCAAGCCACACCGGGGCCGCAGAGCACGCCAGGCCCCGCAGGACCGCGGACCGGGAUGCCGGGAGGGAGAAUACAGAGCAAGGUUAGGGGGCCACACCGCGAGGCCCCGGCGCUCUCCCCCCCACCCCAGGCAGCGCUCCGGGGUGGAGCGUGGGCUCGACUCCCGGCCUCCCCACCCCACCCCACCGGAGGGGGAAACGCAGUCCCAAGCGCGGAGAAGCCCCGGACCCCCGCCCCGCUGCCGGCGCGCCCUACCCCCCCCGGCAACGGCCAGCGCCCGCAAGGCACGGAAGAAGGGCAAAGCUCCAGAACCCCCCCGCCAACCCCCCCCCCAGCCCGAGGACGGAAGAAGGGGCAAGCGGCGGCAGAGCCGCUUCCCGGGGACAGCGCACUCACCCGGGGAGCAGCCGUACCUUGGCGGCGCGGCGCUGCGCUGCGCGGCCCGGAGCCCGCCCGGCCCCUGCCCACAAUGGGCCGCGGCCGCCCCGCCCAGCCCCGCGCGCCCCCGCCCCGCGCGCUGA